AUGUCCUCUGACGAAAAGGACUCCUACAAGGGCGUUGCCAGCCCCAACCCGGAGCUCAGCAACAACAAUGAGGGCGACAACGCCGACGGUCUUCACCGUCGUCUGAACAACCGUCAAAUCCAGCUCAUCGCCAUCGGAGGCACCAUCGGAACUGGUCUCUUUAUCGGUAUCGGCGCCGGUCUGGCCAAGGGUGGCCCCGGCAGUCUCCUCGUCUGCACCGCUCUCUACUCUUGCGUCCUCGCCUUGGUUAACAACUCAAUCGCUGAGAUGACCACCUAUAUGCCUGUGUCUGGUGGCUUUAUCCGCCUUGCUGGUGCUUGGGUCGACGAUGCUCUCGGGUUCAUGGUCGGAUGGAACUUUUUCUUCUACGAGGCUCUUCUGAUCCCAUUUGAAAUCGUCGCCCUGAAUCUUGUGCUAUCCUUCUGGAACGACAAUAUUACCAACGCCGGCCCGACUGCAGGAUUCUGCGCUGCCAUCAUCGUCUCAUAUGGUGUGCUAAAUGUCCUUGCUGUCGGUGUCUUUGGUGAAGCUGAGUUCUGGCUUUCUGCCGGCAAGGUGAUCCUCAUCUUGAUCCUGUUCGCCUUCACAUUCGUGACUAUGGUCGGCGGAAACCCCCAGCACCACGCGUAUGGCUUCACCUACUGGAAGGAUGCGCAUGAUGCAUUUGCUACAUAUCGCACUGAAGGUGACCUUGGACGCCUCGAGGGCUUCAUGGGCGCCAUGGCUGCCGCAGCCUUCUACGUUGUGGGCCCCGACUAUAUCUCCAUGGUCGCUGCUGAGGCCAAGCACCCCAGCAGGUACAUCAAGACGGCCUUUAAGACCGUCUACUUCCGCUUCGGUCUCUUCUUCAUCGGUGCUGCCUUGACCUGCGGUAUCGUGCUGGACCACAAGGACCCCAAGCUCGUGUCAGUCCACCUCGGUGACGGCGAUAGCUCUACUGCCGCCGCUUCGCCUUAUGUCAUUGCUAUGAAGAACAUGGGGAUCGAUGUCCUUCCCCAUGUUGUGAAUGCGCUACUGUUCACGACCAUCUACUCUGCCGGCAACACAUACACAUAUUGUGCCACCCGCUCGCUCUACAGUCUCGCCCUUGAGGGGCGUGCCCCGGCCUUCCUCCGCAAGACGACCAAGAACGGUGUGCCCAUCUACUGCUUUGCCGUCACUAUGCUCUUCCCGCUGUUGUCAUUCCUUCAGCUUGACAGCAGCUCCUCCGAGGCCUUGAGCAUCCUGCUGGCCCUCAUCACCGGCGGAGGCAUCGUGGACUACAUUACUAUGAGCAUUACCUUUCUCUUUUAUUACCGCGCCUGUAAGGUGCAGGGUGUCGACCGCAAGAAGAUGCCCUACUACGGCUACUUCCAGCCCUAUGGCGCCUGGAUUGCCCUUGUCCUGCAGAUUGUCGUGGUCUACACCUACGGAUACACCUCGCUGGCUCCCUUCAACGCCAAGAACUUCUUCUCCAACUACACCAUGCAAAUCAUCGCACCUUUCCUGUACCUCGGCUGGAAGCUGCUCAAGAGGACCAAGCUUGUCAAGGCUGAGGAGUGUGACCUUGUUUGGGAACGACCUGGGCUUGAUGCAUAUGAGGAGAGAAUGAUGAUCCUGGAGCCGCCGACGAGCUUCUGGACUGAGACGCGGGAUAUGUUCCGCUUUAAGCAGAAGAAGUCGGUGCCUGAUGUGCAUGUGUAA